AUGGAUGCUGCAGAUGACAGAGAAGCCAAACUUCAACGGGCAUCCGGAGACCUUGUGGACGAGUUCUCUACAAAACUGCCAUCUUUGCUGUGGAAAAUACGCACGGAGAAUGGACACAAUGUCCGAGUUCCUCGACGAUGGACACAGGCAAACAAAACAGAGAAGCUUAUAGGCCUCUUGGAACCUUUCCAAGAAUGGCCACAACUGUUAGACCCUCAUUUGCAAAAGCUCCUGCCACCACUAGUCGAUGUUUUCUUGGCAUAUCUGCUUAAGCAUCGAGAUCAAUACGCUUCUGAGACGACAGCUACAAAAUCACAGUCGGGGGCGCUCUAUCCCCUCCCCCGGGCUGUAUGUAGAUUCCUCUACACAUUCUGCAAAGUGCGCGGGGUGAAGGUGAUCACCCGGUUUCUGAAUAAUGAGCCAAAGUAUCUCGACCCGAUGCUUCGCGCUUUCAUCGAAUGGGAUGUCGUUCCGCAAGAUAAUCCUAUGGGGAUUGCAUUGUUUGAUGAUAUCUCGCGGCGACUGGUAUGGGAAGAGCGAUAUGUGAUGCUCACCUGGCUCUCGCAUUUGUUGCUUGCCCCGUUCGAUCUGUCGUCGCUAUCAUCGGAUAAUAUCCCGAUACCCUAUGCUAAUUUGGAUCGUCUGAAAACUCUUUCACCUCAGACGCCUGCGGUUACGAAGUCGCUACUUUCUGUGUCUUUGAAUUAUGUCGAUGUUUCUGGAAAGGAGCGCGAGGCUGCUACUGCAUUGCUUGCGCGGCUUGCGCUUCGUCGGGAUAUGCUGGCUGUUGGGGUCUUGAAUAACCUUACGGAAUGGGCGUUCUUGAUACUUCAACCGGUAGACAGUAGUGAGCCGCCUUCUUUGUAUAAGUGUAUCGGGGUGCUGUCCUUUCUUGCGCGAUUGGCGGCGUCGGGUCAGGCUGAGGGGUUUGCUCCCCUGGUCGAACCGGUAUUCAACCAGACUUUACGCAUUGCUCACGGAGAGUCGGACAUAUCCAAAGUUAUCAGGUCGUCUGCUCUGGCGCGGAAGAUCAUAAUCAAGAUACUCCGCAGCGUGAGUGUAAUGGCCCUGUCGCUGAACGAGAAUGGCUCUAUGUCAGACGACCAAGUAUCUGUUAUCUUGGAAGAAGUGAUCGACCAUUUGCUGGUCUCGCUUGCUGAUAAAGAUACGCCUGUGCGUUUUGCUGCAAGCAAGGCUUUGAGUAUUAUUACCCUGAAGCUGGACCUAGAGAUGGCAGCCGAUGUCAUCGAAGCUGUCACUGGCUCAUUGGAGGAGAAUAUACUGUAUGAGACGCGAGACGGUACUAUAGUGGCACCAUUUGAGGCCAGGAAAAUUGGGAUCAACACACUAAAGCGGAAUUUGAGUGCGGUUGAUGCUCAACGGUGGCAAGGCUUGAUACUAACGCUUGGACAUUUGCUUUUCCGCCGUGCUCCUCCAACCCACCACCUCUACAGUGUACUGCAACCGCUUGUGUCCGGACUUGUUUUUGAGCAGAGAUCGUCAAUUGGUAGCUCUGUUGGUACUGGUGUGCGAGACGCUUCGUGCUUUGGUAUCUGGGCAAUGUCUCGGAAAUACACGACGCAGGAAUUGCUGGCCUUGAGGGCAGACGCGAUCAGUACGCCUACGCAGCAAAAAGAAACUAACAUUCUGCAAAUGCUCGCUGUUGAGCUCGUAUGCGCCGCCUGCGUAGAUCCUUCAGGAAAUAUUCGGAGAGGUUCUUCCGCUGCUUUGCAAGAACUGAUUGGCCGUCACCCGAAUACAAUCGCUGAGGGCAUAUCGCUCGUCCAAGUCGUGGAUUAUCAUGCUGUUGCGCGACGCUCGCGAGCGAUGAAUGAUGUGGCGAAGGCGACGGUAGCGCUCGAUGAUGUUUAUUGGAGCCCACUUGUGGAGUCAUUGAUGCAGUGGAGAGGCAUCGGUUCACCCGAUGCUGAGUCAAGGAGACAUGCUGCGAGGGCAAUUGGAGCUCUUAGUUUCCAUGGAUCUUACACGACAUUGAAGAUUGUGUUUCAGCGACUUCUCCAUAAACUCUCAAACCUCCCGCGGAAUGAUGUGGAGACAAGACACGGUUGUAUGCUGUCUAUUGCAGCUACUGUUGAUGCCUAUAACAAACAACAAGAAACGAUCUCGUCUGAAGCAGCAGAUCUUGCUAUCCAAGUUGCUCAGCUUUGGAACAUUUUCGGCUCGUCGUUUGGUCCUUCCAAGGAUGAUCUAACGCUUCAAUCGUCUCGUCCUGAAUUGACGGCGGAAGCGACAGCCCGCCUUAUCGAUGCCUUGUCUCGAACAGCUAUCAAGUCAGACGCAUCCAGUUCGCCUCAGCCUUCAGCUGUCUCAAUAAACAACGCUCGGGAAACCCUCUUGCUAUGCGUUUCCCGGGGAGAAGACCUCCCAAUGAAAGCUUCUUCCGAUGCUGUAUCGCAAUUGUUCCCACUAUUGUCGUUGGAGAACCAGAAGAAAACAGUGCAAGACUGGUUUUCGCAUAUCCAGGCUACAAGGAAACUUCCCACUGGUCGUGGUCAGAUCUCAGCUCUCGGUGCCGUGUUCAAGAGUGUCGACCCUGAGAAUAGUCUUAAAUUGGAAAUUAUACAGGAGCUACUCCAAUGCGCCGGUCUGGAAGAACUGAUUGAGAAGAGAGUAGCAGCCGUGAAGUGCUUGGCGACACAGGUCUUGCCGUAUAUUACUGUGACGGAUGAUAUAGUAGACCAUUUCAUCAACUUCUUGAACGAUUACACGACCGACAGACGAGGCGACAUAGGUUCAUUGCUGCGAUUAGAAGCAAUCCAAGCAGCAAAUAUCAUUCUCCGAAAGGAAUCCGAGCAUGGAACUCGCUCAUCACGCACCCAGAAAGUUAUCGGUUGCCUAUGCAGACUUGCAGCGGAGAAACUGGACAAAGUCCGUAUACAAGCCUGGCUUGGUCUGCAGAGUUUCUGGGAGUCAGCAGAGGAUUUUCCGCUGUUAGAAAACAGAAAAUACAACCAUUUCAGCCAUGUGUCGUUCCCGGAUUACUUCGUUCAGCUGCUGGAACUCCAGGCAAUUGACUGGCUGCGUCUGCCUCUAUAUCAAGGCCUUGCGACGUCGGCUGUUGCUGGUGCUGAGGGAUUAAUCCGCGCCUCACGCCUCGCGCUGGUGCAGUGUAUUAACAGCAGGAAGGCGGAGCAACGAGAAGCGAUGCUGCUCAUGAUACUCAAAGACCUGUCGACCAUCCUAAGUGAGAACUUGCAAGAUGAUCGCUUUGCGAUACCUAUCUUGGAGUUGCUAGCAUUCUUGUUUGAUGGAUACAUUCCAUCUAUACCUGAAGGCUCAGAGCAAAUCUUCCGAAAAUUGUUCACGCUCACUCAGAAAGCACACUUCAAAUCAUCCAAUAUCCAACGCCUCGAAGCAGCCGUCAAGGCCUACGCUCCGUUGUCUCGCUUCCCACAGCUCCGGCCUGAGGUUCUGAAAAAACUGACGGCGAUGCUCCUGCAUCCAUUCCCGAGGGUCCGGUCGACCGUUUCGGAAUACUUGUAUACUGUCACUGAGUCGGAUGAGGUUAAGUUGGGGGAUUGGACUAGACAGCCUAAGGAGAUGAAGGGUGAAGUUGAGGUUUUACGGGGGGCCCUGGUCGCGUAG